AUGAACUGCACAGACCUGACGUUCCCAAGAUCAGAACUUUCGGAAAUAUACGGGGAAACAGAGGACAACGAUGUCAGCAGCAGCGAGAGGCUGGUCUUUGAAAUCGUCAACGAGGUCAGUCUCGGGGCCGCCGUGGCGCUUUUCGGCAUCGUCGCCAACGUGGUGAACCUCCACAUCUUUGUCAGGCAGGGGCUCUCGACCACGGUCAACAUCGUCCUUUUCGGUCUGUCGGUCUCGGACCUGUGCUGCCUGUUUUGCCUCUUGUGGUUCGGGAUCUGUAAAAAUCCUCUGGCCACCGAGGCUUUCCGUUUCGGCCAAGGGCUGUGCUACCUGACGGGCGGUUGGACCCGCGGUUAUUUUUCCCGCGUGACCGGAUGCAUCACGGCCUACGCCGCCGCCGAACGCUGCGCGUGCAUCACGUUUCCCUUGACCUACAGACGUCUGCUCAGCCCCGCCAGGACGUGCCUCGUCGUCAGCCUCAUCUACCUGGUCAACGCGUUGCUGGUCGUCCCCGAAUACAACAAGGCUUACAUCGGCUGGACCUUCAACCCGCUGGUCAACAGGAGCGUCAUCGACCUGCACGUGACGGUCGAAUGGAAGCACAUGGACACGGUGGCCUACGUCAUCAACGCCGUCUUCGCUUUUCUCAUUUUCGUGACGGUCAUUCUUUUCACGGCGGUCCUCGCGUUCAACCUGCGGAGAACGUCAAAAUGGCGGAGGGCUGCUACGUCGGGUCAAUGUCGUUCGUCGAGCGUAUCCGGUCGAGACACGAGGACCACGAAACUGAUAUCUCUGAUCGCUGCUUUGUUGAUUCUCAGCAAUGCCCCCGGGGUGGCGAUAGGCAUCACAACGUUCGUGGUCCCUGAAUUCAGCGUAGGGGGGAAGUAUUACAAUUAUCAGCUUGUCACGUGGACUUUCGGGAAUUUGCUCGAGUCGGCGAACUCGGGGUUCACCAUUUUCAUCUACUACACCAUGAGCAGCAAAUACAGGAGACUGUUUGAUCAGAUCUUUUGC